AUCUCUGGUCUAAGGAGGGACUAAAACCAGUCCGGUUAAGAAACAUACGGAGUACAAGACCAGCAAUACAAACCGCUGGAAAGAAUCAGACUAACUGAUAAAUCACUUCCCAUCUGUGAACCUGUGAAGUCACGAUUUCUCAAGCAAAGCUGGACGUCCCGCUAACAAAGUUACAAACUGGACACUUUUUGUUUUGAUCUGAAGUGAUAUACCUCAAGUUGAACGAUUGAUGUUCAAUAACUUAAGGGCACAUUCACGCGGCCGGGUAAUAUGGAAUUUUGAGUCCGCUGAAUACAAACAAAGCAAGGAAAUGGAAAAUUACCAGAACCUGUUCGGUGAAAUGCCUGAAAGAGACAUGAAGAGGGGUGACAGGUUCAUUUCCCUCCAAAAAUAAAUAAGUGGUUGCUGAUUCGCUUAGCAGAAAAUGCACUUGUUUGUUCGCCAGUCUACAUAAGUUGUUUUGUUAGCUUAAAGUCUAAAGCUUUGUUAGGCCAAGUGAGUUAGUUGAUUCCAUGUUUAGCAGAUGAGACAGUAAUGUCGAACUGCUGCAAAAUUCUUUUCACAAAUGGUGUCAUUUCAACUUCUGCUGAAACACCAUCUGUUGCAACCUUACUCGAAGCUCACCCGGGUGCAUACACAACCACCCGGACUCAUAACAAUGGAUCAAAGCUCUUGUUCUGGGAAAGGCACUUGAGAAGACUCUCAAAUUCCGUCAGUAUUCUGCUACACUCCAGCCCAAAACUCAUGUUCAAAGUCCCAACAUAUGCUGUUGCAUACUCCUCAAUGUCAAGGGCCUCGCCCAUGUGGGAUUCACUAAUUCAGUCUCUGGUAAAUGACUCAAUGAGAAAGGUUAUGCCUGCUGUGCUAACAGAGAGGGAAAAUGAGGAGGAAUUAGCCAUCACAUCUCUUGUCAGUGGCAAUUUGGAUGAUUUUAGGGAUCUAGAGAGAUUAAAUGAGGAAAACAUCUUGAGAAUGUUUGAUGUGUAUGUGCACAUUAGUGGAUAUGUUCCUAAAAUAUUUGGAAUUUCAGAAAACGGGGCACACUUGGCAGUUGCUGGCUGUGGAAGAGAGGUAGCAAAUGCAAAAUAUUCAGACUGGGUGAGGCAGAGGAAGUGCUUGGAGAAGUUGAGGCCUCCUUCAGUCAAUGAGCUCUUGUUGUCCAAUAAUGGAGAUAAAAUUUUGGAGGGCUGUUUGACAAAUUUUUUUGUGGUUUGUUGCAAGGAAGAAAAAGGAAAUACAAACUGUUUUGAAAUACAGACAGCCCCCCUCAGUGAUGGUGUUCUUCCAGGAGUUAUACGCCAAGUAAUUCUUGGUAUAUGCUCAAGAAAUGGAAUUAUGCUCCGAGAAGUUGCACCAUCAUGGUCAAAGCGUGAAACAUGGACAGAAGCAUUCAUUACAAAUAGCUUGAGAGUAGUGCAGCAUGUGGUGACAAUUCGGUUUCCAGAAUCAAUGGAAUCACUUGAAGAAAAAACUUGGAAUGAUGUCAUAUGGGAAGAGAAAAAGUUCGAGGGUACACCUGGGAAAAUCACAAUGCUCAUUCAGCCAAUGCAACCACUUCAGCCAGGAACUUCAUAAAUUCAGCAGAAUCGGCCAAAGCAGCCAAUUUUGGUGCUACCAAACGGGCUCUAUAUGUGAAUUUGAACUCAUCUCAACAGAGUUAUGGUGCAACCGGGGGAGUGAGGAGAUAAUGAAAUUAGCAGAACUAGAGGGGUAUCCGGUUGCUCUUUUCAAUGAAUAAAUUGCCUCUCAUUAGUUAUUACUGUUGGGUUAGCUUUUUUAUGAUUUUCUGUCUGUGAUAUAACCAUGAAUGAGUGCAGCAGUUAUGCAAGUUUAUGUGGGAGACUUUCUACUAGUAUGCGUUUGAUCCAAUAUGGAUGUGGAAAAUUCUAUGCUUCAAAAGUUAGCAUGCGUUAUUCCUUUUUUCUUCUAAUACUUCCAUUGUUCCAUCAGAGAAAUAUUCAUGUUUAUAAUGAUUAUGAGUUCAACACAUAUAUAGUACUCCACAGUUUUUGAGUUCAACAUAUAUGUAGUAUAUCUUAGAGAAUAAAAAUAUUGUACCAUUUUUCCAUAUUAUGACUGAUGAAGUUUCAUCAUAAGGACUUUUUUUUGAAAGGCCAUAAGGACUUUAUGUGGC